CCCGCCGGGACUCGGCCGGACUCCGCUCCGCUCAGCCCGGCUCUGGCGGGUUCGGCUCAGCUCGGCCCGGCCGGGCUCGGUCCCGCUCGGCUCCUACGGGCUCACUGGACGUGGCCCGACUCGGGCGGGCCCGGCUCGGUUCGGGCUCCCGCGGCGGGGCUGAGGCGGGCGGGCGCCGCCAUGGUGUGAGGGGCGGGGGCGAAGGGGCCGAGCCGGAGCCAUGAACCUGCUACCGGCCAACCCGCACGGGAACGGGCUGCUCUACGCCGGCUUCAACCAGGACCAUGGAUGCUUUGCAUGUGGAAUGGAAAAUGGAUUCCGAGUUUAUAAUGCAGAUCCACUCAAAGAAAAAGAGAAACAAGAGUUUCUAGAAGGUGGUGUCGGCCAUGUGGAAAUGUUGUUCCGUUGCAAUUAUUUAGCACUAGUAGGUGGAGGGAAAAAGCCGAAGUACCCACCCAACAAAGUCAUGAUCUGGGAUGACCUGAAGAAGAAGACUGUCAUUGAGAUAGAGUUUUCCACAGAAGUCAAAGCAGUGAAGCUACGAAGAGACAGAAUUGUGGUAGUCUUGGACUCGAUGAUUAAAGUUUUCACGUUCACACACAAUCCCCACCAGCUGCACGUCUUUGAAACCUGCUACAACCCUAAAGGUCUCUGUGUCCUUUGUCCAAAUAGUAAUAAUUCUCUUCUUGCAUUUCCUGGAACACACACUGGGCACGUGCAGAUCGUGGAUCUGGCUAACACGGAGAAGCCUCCUGUGGACAUCCCAGCUCAUGAAGGAGUCUUGAGCUGUAUCGCUUUGAACCUGCAGGGAACAAGAAUUGCAACAGCAUCAGAAAAAGGGACCCUCAUAAGAAUAUUUGAUACUUCAUCAGGGCAUUUAAUCCAGGAGCUACGUCGAGGAUCACAAGCAGCCUAUAUAUACUGUAUUAACUUCAACCAGGAUGCUUCCCUCAUCUGCGUCUCCAGUGACCACGGCACAGUCCACAUUUUUGCUGCAGAAGACCCAAAAAGAAAUAGGCAGUCAAGUUUGGCUGCUGCCACCUUUCUCCCCAAAUACUUCAGUUCCAAAUGGAGUUUUUCCAAAUUCCAGGUUCCCUCAGGCUCUCCGUGCAUUUGUGCCUUUGGAACAGAGCCAAAUGCUGUCAUAGCAAUAUGUGCAGAUGGCAGCUACUACAAGUUCUUAUUCAACCAAAAAGGGGAAUGCUCAAGAGAUGUGUAUGCUCAGUUCCUAGAAAUGACAGACGACAAGCUCUGACUGAGGGGAGGGGAGUGCACGGCUCAAAGCACUGCCUCGGCCCCCCUGCACCUUUGAGGGACAGAUCUGAGGGUCUAGUACUGAUCCAGAAGUUCAGCAGAGCUCACGGAGAAGCCUGGCUCAACAUGAUCACAAGCGUUCUGAAGUAGUGGACUACAUAUGUUUGUUCUCAUUUCUGCAAGUAUUCAUCAUUAAAAUCUCUUUGGGUUACUGUCACCAACUCAAGUUUUCAAGAUGUGGCUUUCAACAAGCUUGUGCCUCUUGGGUUUCUCUUUAGUCCAAACUGUGACAUGACUGUAGCUCCAACAAGAGUGCCUGCCACAGGGAAAGCUCUGCGGGGGCUGUCCGCACCUUCGGCUGGCCUUAGGAACAGGGAUGUGAAAGCAGAAGAUUUUAGGCAUUGCUUCACUUCCACUGCAUGGCUGGGAGUGGGAGAACACUGAGUCAUGCUUUCUCCACCAGGGGUCCUGCCUCCUCCCUCCCCUGGCACAGCUGAGGGAACAGGAAAGGUGACAAAUAUGGAGCAAGGGACACCUGUUGAUCAUGUCCUGCUUGUCCUGUGACCUGGUGCCUGGGGCUGGGUGGUCCUGCCAGUGCUGCUUCAGGUGAGGGAUCAGCAGUACCUGUCCAAGGUGCCAGACUCCAUGAAGCAGCUGGAGGCACCUUUGGGCGAGGGCUGACCCAACUCCCCUCUCCUGUGUGAGCACAGCAAGCACCCAGGGCUCCUAGAGUUGUAGAGCUGAUUCCUUCCAUAAUCCAACAGUCGGUACUGGUGUGACAGCUGUGAAACUGCUGCCAAACUACUGCCAAACUGCUGCAGCUGGGAGGCUGGAGAGACCAUGUCCAUGUCCAGCACAAGAACUGAACAAAGUGGCAGGAAGUUCCAUGUCUGCAAUGGCUUUAAACUUGCAAACUUGUCUUUUUGUUUUGUUUUGUUUUCCUUUAAGCUGUCGCAUACUAUUGCUGCUGGCCCAGGGACAGGUAGGUUAGACUGAACCCACUGACUUGUACACUCUUCCCCAAAAAUUGUUACCCUAUUCCCUGCUGACCUAAGGCACAAGCUCCUAACCCAGAACCUGAGAUAGCCCCAAGUUCAGCAUCUGUGGCACUAAACACUGGGGCAGGGAGGUCUUGCUCUUCUAAAAGCUAAUUUCACAGAUGCUUCAGUCCUGACACUCUGCGACUUCAGUUGCAAACUCUCUAACUUUGACAAGUCCCUUUUAGUGUCAUGUAACCUACUAAGGACUAACUUACCAUGUUGAUGUCAAGGUUGCAUGUUGCUUUUAUGCGUAUUUAACCACAGGAAUUGUUUUGCACACUUAUUUGUAAUAUGUUAUUUCUUUUAAAUAAAAGUGACUAACUUUGCUGUAUUCCCUGAUGGUCACAGCCAUGGUUUCCGUUGCUUCAGGCUGGGGGAAUAAACAUGUGAGUCAAUAGUGGUGGCUGGUGAAGGACAGGAGCUGAACCUGCUGCAUGAAGAGGGGACAGAAGCACGUGAGCCACUGCCUGGGACAUGCACCUUGUUGUCUGUCCAACUUGCCAGAGCAAACCAGCUCUUGUUCAGCACUUACCUCACCAUUGCCCCACUGCUGGGCUGAGGCUCCUCAGCUUGGAAGAGCUGGACCAGCAGAAGGAGCUGGAAGAGUCAUUUCCCAGAGAAGGAUGCGAUGCUGGAGCCGCUCCCCAGGGGUGAGGUACAUCCCUCACUGGGUCAGGAUCCCAGCACCAGGAAACUCCUCAACUCCCCAUCCAGCCCUCCUGGGCUCAGCUGCUGCUGCACCAACCCCCUGCCCUCCUGUCCCACUUAUCCCAGAGCUGACAAGAGACUACAAACACAUUUCUGGGGAAGAUUUAAAACUCUUCUUAACGUGUAAAAUCUUCCUCAAAUGUCUGCUCCAACGUGGCAGCAGGAAUGAAAAUAACACACCUGUGCAGGCAGCCAGUAGUGCUGCACUACCCUGGAAUGCCCUAAUACACCUCAGAUUUCUUGUGCUACCUGCAAAGGGCUGUGAUUAGGUACAGCUGUUGUACAGUGAACAAAUCCAGCACAGAACUGAGUGUUCCCAGCUGGCUCUGGCCCCAGGCUGCUCUGCCAGUGCUUCACUGCAUCGCUCGCUGCGGUACUGCCUCUGUGGAUGAAUUCACCCAGUGUUUGCACAGCUCUACAAUCAUGGAACAGUGCUCAGUCAGUCACUUUUUGGGAAAAGGAAUGGUGCUUUGAGGAUUGUGGGCCCUGCACCUGGCACUGAUGGACUGGUGAUAGCACAGGGCCACGGGAUCACCCCCAGCCACCAGGAAAGCAGAGAGCUGGCACAGCAAAACACACAACUGUUCCUGGAACACAACCUAUUGCCACCAGCAGCUGCUCUUAAAUAGAGGGAUUAGCAGUUUCUUUUGUAUUAAAAAGUAACUCAACGCCUUCUCUCCUCAUUUUGCCAUCUCUCUCCACAGUACCUGUGUCACAGUUCAGAAUCCUGACAGGAAAUAAUGAGUCAGUGCACUAAAUUCUACAGUAAUUCCAGGUAUCUGCCAGCAGAAACUGUGGAAUACGAGGAUUGCUUUCAGAGCCUUUAGGCAGUCACAAUAAAGGAGAAAAUACAAGAUUAAACAGUGAGACAUGACCAGUAAGAACAGACACAGGGCAGAAGGGCCGUGUUGGACACAGCAGCCACAGAAAUGCCACUGGGCUGGGGCUGGGUCACACUGCUCUGCCUGCCUCUGGGCAGAGUCACAAUCACAGCACUCGCUGCCUCCAUGUAAGCUAUUUUCUUCUUCUUCCCCAAGGAUUCUGUUUGUUCACACCAUUCAGACCAGGCUUUCUGUUCAAAGAACAGGCUUUGCCCAUUCAGCUCCAAACACCACAGCCCUUCCCAGCAGUUCCACAGCAUCCAAGGCUUGUGGAGUUGGAUUUCUCCCCAACUCUUGAAACCAUUGCCAUAAAAACCAGACCCAGCUUCCAGGAAAGUUUCCCCUGGUCCUUGAAAGCAUUUCCCCAACUGCUGAGAAACAGAGACUUUAACCAAUGCAGGAAGAGGGGAUCAGACACCAAACCCCCAUUCAUGACAGCAAUUCCAGAAAGUGACAUCUCCUAAAUCUUACUUACAGCAAUAAUGAUCCAUAAUGAGCCAGAAUGAUCCAUAAUGAGCCAUCUAGGGCAGACACGUUCCUGGCCCCUCCUGUGCCCCAAACAGUGCAAAGCCCUGGCAGGAUCCAGCCCCAGGCUCCUGGGACACAGCCUGCCUGUGGGGGCACCUUGGUUUGCUGGGGCUGACACAGAAGCUGCAUCGACCCCAAAUAGACAUCAAUAUUCCAAACACACUUGUUGAGUAAUUUCAACUUAGUUAAUUUGCUGAAUAAAAUUUAAUUUUAUUUAAAAAAAUCUUAUACACUAUUAUUCACCUAGCCCUAGUUGUGAACAGAUUCUCACUUCUGAAAAUAAACCACAUUCUAGUCAAUUCAUUCAACACCAAAUUAAAUUACUAGUACUGGAUUUUUUUUUCUUAAAAAAAGUAUGUUAAAACUUUACUUUUUUUAUUUUUAAAACCUCUAAAGAAAACGUUGCAAUUGUACAGAAAUGCUUCUUUUCAGGUUAUGCUUUUUUUUUAAACGCCUGUUAUAAAUCCAGCUUGUGUAGAGUUUUUUUUCAUAGUUUUUUAAUGUAUUAUCUGCAGAGACAUUGUAACAGUUCCAUUGUGUGGAUGAACACAAAACUUGUACAGAUUUCUCAUAUUUGGUCUUUAGGUAAAUAGUUUCCAAAAGCUGCCUAAAAUAACCACUCCAAACUGUUCAGUCCAUCGUGAAAAUACAGUUUUUUCCUUUCAGAGCAGGAAAGGAAAUAUAAAUAAUGCAUCUUUAUUACAGAACAGGACAAAAACCAGAUUCCGAUGGAGCCAACUCCAGCUCCCACUCACCUGGCUGCAGGAGAACUAAGACGUUGUGUGAGUUGAAGACUGAACAGCAGCCUUAUUUCAAUUGAAUUUUGAAAUGUAAAGUGGAAUCUAUUACCACAUUAAAGUGAGAAAUCACCGAUACAUUUUAAAAUGUUCAACUGCAGAACACACACUUAAAAAAAAAAAAAAAAUUAUUACCAUAAUCUGGUAGCCACUGUUAGAAAACCACAACAGCUACUGGUCAUGGAGACCCCGAGGUCAGUGUCUGACAUCAAAGUGUUACAGAGAAAUGGGGCAGAUUAAUUUCUACUGAAGGGUGCUUAAGCUUAAAAAUAUCGAAUAUACCUCUGACAAGAUAAUUUUACUCUUUUUAAAAGGACUCGUGAUAGAGAAUUUUAUCUUUCUAAAUGAAGAACAGUCUGUUAUCUUAAACAUACACAAUAUUAAGCGAGACUCUUGUUUUACUUUAGACUGGAAAAAUAUGCCAGGGACAGUCAAAGUCAACACAAAGUAACAAACAGCAAAAGGUAGCAGAGAGAGAAACAGGUAAGUGCAGCUCUGGUCAAAUCCAUAGCAGUUCUUUACGUCAGUUAACGGCUCAUUUACAUCAGAGUUUCUAAUCAGUUACAUGCAAGCCCAAAGAAGCGUUUGAUCACUACACAUGGUAAUAAAAUUUGAUUAAAUUUAUCAGGCAACUGCUAAAAUAUGAAAAUUUGCAGAUGUAAUAAAGUAGCUUUAUCUGAACUUGAACAGGACAGACAAAAGUAAAUCAUUCCGUUGGUUAAAAAAACCCUACAUUCAGUUUUUUACCAAACAAAAUUUCACAUGAAAAGUAGUUGUGUGAUUCCAAAGUUUCCGGAGUAGAAAUGGAGUGAUUUGAAAUGUCAAAGACCCCAUUGUUUUGCAAAGAAAUGAAAAUACACCUCAAAAAUUUCUAAUUCCACGUGUGAACAACAAAAUACUGCAUAUCUAUCAACAACUGCAUGGGUGGGUGGUUCGGAAAGGCUUAGCUGCCACGGUGUCGGAAUGGCUCCUGCCUCUGUUCCCUUUAGGAAUACACAAUCGCUUGAAACCAGUCACACUAAGCGCUAUCAUGCUGCCGUUACACUGAGAUCCUCAGUCCUGGGAAUCAUCUGACAGAUCCUGUUAAAGCUGCAGCCCUCCCAGCACACACAGUCCGUGGGGCAGGAGGGACGGGGGCACAGCCUCUACAACAACAUGGUUCUGCAGUUUGACUUUAAAUUACCAAGUUUUAAGGCCACCUGUGUUGGGUUUUGUUUCAGUGCUGAAAGUUGAAGUCUGAUUCACAGGGCCCCUUUCCCCACUGCGUGAGAACAUGUUCCAACAUUUUAGGUGUUAGAUUUAAGUGUCUCCUUUUGGCACCACGGAGUUUUUCGUUGGUUUUUUUGUGUUUGUGUUUUUUGUUUUUUUU